AUUUUGGCUGCCCGCAGCAAACGAUUCUCUGUCCCUGAGCAACAAGGCUCAGUGAAAGGAAACUGGACAGCUAUCGCAAAGGGAAAGCUCCAACAGAAUACUAUUAACAUCCGUAAGACAGAAAGAUGGCCAACCUUUGCUCAAACCUGGUUUUGUAUCGAAAAAUGUUUCUGGUGGCCAUUGUUCUAGGCUUGGGCGGAACCUUCCUUUUCGGAUUCCAAGUCUCUAUGAUCAAUUUUACUUCACCGUUUAUCAAGAAGUUCAUCAACGAUACCUGGCUGGAGAGAUACAACGCUCCCAUUGAUGACCAGAGCCUCAUGCUCCUAUGGUCAUUCACUGUGUCUAUCUUCAGCAUUGGAGGACUGACGGGAACCUGCCUCUCAGGGUAUGCGUCUGCAAAAUGUGGAAAAAAGAACUGCAUAAUAUUUAGCAGCUUCUUCAUGUUAGCAGCUGCAGUGAUCAUGGGAACAAGCAAAAUAGCAAAGUCGUUCGAAAUGAUUCUCCUUGGACGACUCCUGUAUGGUUUUAAUGCAGGUUUGGGCAUCUGUAUCCAAGGUCAGUACUUAGCAGAAAUUUCUCCUAAGCACCUCCGUGGCUUGACCAAUGUCACUAUUGCAGUUCUAGCAAACCUGGGGAAAUUUCUUGGGCAAUUGAUGGGACUCCAUGAACUUUUAGGAACAGAGUCCCUGUGGCCUCUCCUGUUGGCCAGCAGCGGACUCCUAGGGCUGCUGCUGCUGAUCACAGUCCCGUUCUUCCCUGAAUCUCCCUCGUAUCUUUUAAUCCAGAAGGGAGAUUUGAAAGGCUGCUUGAAAUCUCUGAAACAGCUCUGGGGUGAAGGGGACCACAGAGCAGAGGUGAAUGAUCUGUUGAAGGAGCAGGUAGCCACAAAAGAAGCAAAAAUUAUGAGUGUCCUGGAGCUCUUCAGAGAUCAUUCCAUGCGACGCCAGGUAUACCUGUUGAUCAUGGUGGCAGCUACACUACCAUUCAGUGGAGUCAGUGCCAUCUACUUCUACUCUUUUGAUGUGCUCCGUACAGCCGGGUUUAGUGAAGAACUGAGCCCCUACGUCACUCUAGGGGUCGGGGCCUGUGAGCUCUGCUCAACCAUUGUGUGCUUCUUCGUCAUUGAGCGUGCGGGCAGACGGACACUGCUGCUGUGGGGAUACGGUCUGAUGAUAGUGGCCUUGGCUCUCCUCACAACUACUCUCUCACUGCAAGACAGAACCUUCUGGAUACCAUAUUGCAAUGUUGCUCUCAUCUUCCUCUACAUCGUCAUCUAUGGCGUGGGGCCUUCGGGAACAACGUUCCCCGUCAUAGCAGAACUCUUCACACAGUCAUCCAGACCAGCCGCAUUGGUCAUUGGCACGACACUGCAUUGGGUGGAAUUGUACUUGAUCGGGAUGCUGUUCCCUUAUUUAGUGAGUCACCUGGGCAACUUCUGCUUUCUUGUUUUCAUGGGCAUCAUGACAAUCUCAUGGAUUUUCAUCUUCCGGUUCCUUCCAGAGACAGAAGGCAUGUCGCUCAUGGACAUCCAGAUGGAAUUCAAUCAUUUAAAAAGGGGGCGAAAUCCGCCUGAAGAUCUUGAAAACUGUACAAAACUCUAGAAGGUCAGAAGGAUGGGGCUUGCUGCUCUGACAGAAUGUAGCAACUGGGGUGGAUAGCAGAAUUCAACAGGUCCAUUAUUUCAAAAGACUUUGCUUAAAGCAGGUUUCACUAAAGAAUAAUGUGGUACAGCCCUCUUCAGAAUGUAAAAUUCAAAAGCAGGUAGGGCAAUUUCAGCUUGAAUACAUACACAUUAAACCACAUACUUAUUCCCUUUUAAAGGCUGAUACAGGGAGAAAACCCUAUAUUUAUUCUGUGAGUAAAAUGAAAGAUGGCCAUUGCUGGUUCUGCAAAGAAAAUGGAGGGAAUUGGCACCACAUUUGAAAGAAAUGUCUCAAAACAGAAAGCAUUUGGAGCAUUGCCACUGAAGUGAGCAAUGAACCUUUUCAGCUUCAAGUAAUAAUAAACUCAUUAACAUACUUACUUAUGUGAGGUAUAUCAAAUCAAAUAUAGAUAACAUAUAUAUGCUCGGGAUUUCCUCUUAAACAUGUUAUGCUACGAAACAGUCUAGAAAUUGGUUAAAUAAAUAAAUAAAGAUACCAUGGAUGCUGUAUGCUAAACAACAGGAAGACAACAGAUGAUUAGGAAAAUAUGGAGCCGGUUGGGAGAUAGUGAAACUGACAAAUGAAAUUGCAGGAAGAAUUAUAAGGAUUAUUUCAGCUGGGAGCAAUUGUUAACUUGGGACCAGUUUACCCGCAAGAUCAUGCCCAUUUGACCACUUCCAUCUGUGGAACUAACACUGUUACAGCUGCCGCAUAAUACUCAUUCCAUAUCUGUAGGAAAUUGAUCUUUUAGUGUAGCAACACCUACACUUUGGAACUCUCUGCCUAUUGACAGCCACCUUUGCUGCAUAUUUUUUGGCACUGGCAUAGAACCUUUUCGUUUCGGCAAGCUUAUCCAGAUAUGUAAAGACGCUGA